GACCUUUUGGGCUGGAGUGUGUUUGUAUGUGGACCACGUGAAAACUCAGUGAUGGAUUAAAUCUGAACUUUUGCCGAAGAAAGCUGUCACUUUGUGAUUCUUUACUUAUUUGUGACUUAAAUUUGAUUCUAGUGCGAAAUGGGGAAGCAGGUGAAGAAAAGGAGUGUGUGUGAUAAAGUGCACAAGAGUAGUGCACAUGCACAGAUUAAGACAAACCCAUUUGAGGUGAAGAUUAACAAGAAGAAGUUUGAUAUUUUGGGGCGAAAAAGCAAACAUGAUGUGGGACUGCCAGGAGUGUCUCGCUCUAAAGCUCAUAACAAGCGCAAGCAAACCCUGCUGAAGGAGUUCAGAAUGAAAAACAAAACAAACUCAUUCGUUGACCGGCGUUUUGGAGAGUAUGACAAGAAGAUGGCACCCGAAGACAAAAUUCUGAAGAGAUUCGCCAUGGAGAGACAGCGUUCUCAGCUGAAGAAGGACAUGUUUAAUCUGAAUGAUGAGGAAGAAUUAACACAUUAUGGACAGUCACUGGCUGAGAUGGAGAAGUUUACAGAUAGAGUGGACAGCGAGAGUGACUCGGAGGAGAAAGGCCUGCUGUCCGCUGAAAUCACGGCAUCACACUUCGGAGGAGGCGGAGGGCUGCUGAGGAAGAAAACUAAUGAAGAAGAGGAGGCAAAAAACAAGAGCCGUCAGGAGCUGAUCGAGGAGCUCAUCCUUAAAUCCAAACAGGAGAAGCGAGAGCGUCAGACACAGAAAGAGGAGACACAUGAGCUGACGGAGAAACUGGAUCAGGAGUGGAAGUCCAUCCAGAACCUUCUGGCACGUAAAACUGCCAGAGAGCGAGAGGAGGAGAAGGACAAACCGAAGCUGGAUGAAUAUGACAUGAUGGUGCGGGAGUUGGGAUUUGAGAUGAAAGCACAACCAUCUGAGAAACUCAAAACUGCAGAGGAGAUCGCCAGAGAGGAGCGAGAGAGACUGCAGAAACUAGAGGCAGACAGACGUCGGAGAAUGGAGGGUGAGCUGGAGGAAAACCCCAAGCACACACACAUGUCAGCUGACGACCUCAAUGAUGGAUUCAUCCUCGACAAGGACGAUCGCAAAACACUCUCCUACCAGGAUGGAAAGUGGAAUAUUGGGGAAGAGGAAGGUGAAGGAGGAGAUGAAGAGGAGGAAAAUACUGAUGAAGGGGGUGAUGAGGAUGGUGAUGGUGGUAGUGGUGACGAAGAUGAUGACGACGAUGAAGAAGAGGAUGAUGAUCACUCUGAUUUGGAAGACAGCCACGAUGAUGAGGAUGAUGAAGAGGAAGAAAAGGAGAAAGAGUCUACUUAUAAAGUAAAAGACACUGUAAAUGAAGAAGAAAGGAGGGCAACUCAGGACACAGCCCGUGCAGAGCUGCCCUACACCUUCAAAGCUCCUGACUGUUAUGCAGACCUGAAGGCGAUGCUGCAGGAUCACUCAGCUGAUGUACAGCGAAUCAUAAUUGAGAGAACACAGAAAUGCAAUCAUCCCAGUCUGGCUGUAGGAAACAAAGCUAAAUUAGAGAAGUUAUUUGGAUUCCUGUUGGAGUAUGUAGGUGAACUGGCAACCCAGAAUCCCCCAGAUCUCACCACUAUUAACACACUCAUCCCGCAGAUCUAUUCCCUGUCUCAGCUCUUUCCUGAAGCGUCGUGUCGGGUGAUGCAGUCUCUAAUUGGCGACGCUGCUCACAGCAUGGAGCAGAGCAUAGAGGUCAAAGGUCGUGCUGCAAUCCCAGGCUUGGAUAUGCUCAUCUACCUAAAGAUCGUCUAUCUUCUGUUUCCUGCAUCCGAUUUCCGUCAUCCGGUGACGACACCAGCCUUCCUCUACAUCAGCCAGGCUCUCACUAAGUGUGCAGUCGUGUCACUGGAGAAUGUGUGUGCCGGUCUGCUUUUGUGUUGUAUAGCAGUAGAGAGUGUUUCCCUCUCCAAGCGCUUUAUUCCUGAGCUCGUUAACUACCUGCUGGGACUCCUGCACCUUGCAGUCCCCACACACACCUGUACAGAUUACCAGGUGAUUCCUCCAUUCAGGCAACAGGGAAAGAGCAGUGAGCUGCUGCAUGUGUGUGAUCCACAGUCUGCUCAUAGCUGGACCAAGAAAAGCAUCUCACUAUCAUCAGCACACAGAAUUACAGCGACCUCAGAGAGGGAGAGAGACCACUACAAGUUGUCUGCGCUUUACGUAUGUUUGGAUUUGGUAAAGAGAUGCACAGCGCUUUAUCAACAACUUCCUGCCUACCAGCACAUCUUCCAGCCAAUCAGAAUUCUUCUUGCUAAACAUCUUCCUGUUACAGAUUUCCCAUCAGCCCUGCAGGAGCUGCACAAAGAGAUCCUAGAGGCCGUUCCAGAGACACCGUCCCAGCAUGCACCACUAGUGUUUGAUAAGAAGAAGCCCAUCCCUCUCAAACUGCUGCAGCCCAAAGUGGUAGAAGUGCUGGAUUACGGGAGGAAACGAGGGAACACAAAAGAGGAGAAAGAGAGAGAGAGACUGAAACACAAAUAUAAGAAAGAGUUUAAAGGUGCUCUAAGGGAGAUUAGGAAGGACACACGCUUCCUGGCUCACACCAAACUGUCUGACAUCCUGCAGAGGGACACAGAGAGGAAGAGGAAGGUGAAGGAGCUGUACAGUAGUUUGGCCACUCAGGAGGGUGAGUGGAAAGCAUUGAAGAGGAGGAAGAAGAAGUGAUGUGACAACACAAACCACACUUCCUAUGUGAAAAGCUGAAUCUGUACAGUUUAGUGUUUUAGAAAGUGAGAACUGCGUGAUGGAGCAAUACAUACUUUUUAUUCUGCAGAACCAGUUUUGUAUUAUUUUGUGAAAUGAGCAUGUAUUAAACCUACACAGUAACUCAGGCA